AUGGACAUGUACAGUUUUUCGAACGAAGCAAACAGCGUGAAGGGAAUCCCUGUCAAUGACUCGGAAUCCUCGCUCGGUACGGCAGUCCAUGGGCAACAGGUGGAGCCGGACCGUUAUCAGGCUACUGUCUGCAGCAUAACGAAACAAUCACUGAAUAUCGGAACAUGGAAUGUAAGAACACUGUUCCAAAGUGGGAAGCUGGAUAAUGUGAAGCUAGAAAUGACACGAUUGAAGGUAAAUAUACUAGGAAUAUGUGAAACGAGGUGGACGGGCAGCGGUGAGUUCAACAGCGAUAAUUUCAAGGUGCGAUAUUCAGGUGGAGUAAAACACGAACGAGGAAUUACUAUGAUACUGGACAGAGAAAACGCUAAGAGCUUGCUAGGAUGGUGGGCUUUGUCAGAUAGAGUCAUGUUGAUAAAGUUGAAAGGUAAACAGAUAGAUCUCAUCAUCAUUCAGGUAUAUGCACCAACGACUGCAAGUAGUGAAGAAGAGAUCGAUGAAUUCUAUGACACAUUGGAGAAAGCUAAAACGCAAUGUAAGUCUACGGAUGUAACAGUCAUAAUGGGGGACCUAAAUGCAAAGGUAGGAAACGAGGCAGAUGGAGAAACAGUUGGAAAGUUUGGUCUUGGUACACAAAAUGAAAGGGGAGGAAAAUGUGUUCAGUGGUGUAAAGCAAAUGAGUAUGUAUUAACCAAUACAUGGUAUGAGCAACAUCCAAGAAAAUUAUGGACAUGGCUGAGCCCGGGAAACGAUUUUAAGAACCAGAUUGACUACAUUGCUAUCAAGAAACGGUAUAGGUGUGCAAUUAAGCACUCAAAGGCAUACCCAGGAGCAGACUGUGGUAGUGAUCAUAACCCAGUCAUAUGCGAGUUAAAGGUUAAGCUUAAGACAAUCAAGAAAGGAAAGACAACACCAAGAAUGGAUUAUAGUGCUUUAUUGAAAAAAAACAAACCAUUUGAGAAGAAUAUGCGAUUUAAUGUGCUUGAAGACCAAGGAAGUGCUAAGUGGGAAACAUUUAAAGAGGCGCUGGUAUCGGUAGCAAAAGAACUUAUACCUAAACGUGAUAAAAAGUCAAAGAGCAAGUGGAUGACGAAUGAAAUCUUAGACAGAAUGCGCUCUAGCCAACAGUUUUACAACCGCGGAAGCAGUGAGUACAAGCAAGCGAGCAAAGGAAUAAGAAAGAAAUGUAGAGAAGCCAAAGAGAUCUGGCUUAAUGAACAAUGUGAAGAAAUUGAAAGACACAAAACCAACGAACCAGGCACAAUGUACAGAAAGAUUAAGGAGGUAACAGGUUUCAAAGGUUGUUCUUCUACAGGAUACACAAGAUCCAGGAAUAGAGAAGUCUUAAUGGAAAAGGACAAAAUCCUUGAACACUGGACAGAAUACAUCGGUGAACUUUUUGCAGAUUAUAGGGGCAACAAACCAGAAAUAAGAAAGGCCAUCGAGGGCCCGAAAAUCUUAACAUCAGAAGUUAGAGGUGCAUCACAAUAA